AUCGUGGUCGUACUUUUCGCCCUUCUGGCUUUGGCCAGAGCCCAGUUCGGAUUCGGAGACUUCGGAGGACACUUCGGCGGUGGAUUCGCUGAUGCCGCUCCAGUGGUGAAUCAAAGAGACGCGAGAGCCAACACCGGUCCGGUCGUCUUUCCCGCCGCACCGCAAGCGAACGGCGAGACUUCCGGCGUCGUCGUCGGAGCUUCCGGUUACGGUUUCGUCCCUCCGAGUGGUCCAAGUAAGAUCUGAUCUCUUCUCCGUCCAACGAGUCAAAAUAUCUCUGUUUCCUCUCGUUAUAUAGUUGCCC